AUGCUCGUUGCUCGCUGUUGCAGGUUUACGUACUCGCUUGGCGAGUUGGAGCUGCCAGCCCGGAGCGAGAGCGAGGACGACAAGAAUCAUGAUGUAGGGGCAUAUGUAGGUACCAAGGGUAUCGGUGACCAUCCAUUGUUUCAACAGGUAGUCUUAAAAACUGCCCGUACCAUAAGACCUCUUAAUUUCUGCGAGAAGGGCCAGGCUUCGAACCUGGGGCAGAGAGUGACGCUUAGUUGCCCUUGGGCCAAGUUGGCGGGCAAUUGUGGCCACAUUCCCCAAUUGUCGUCCACUUCUGCUUCUGGGUCUGCUUCUGGAUCUGCUUCUGGGUUUGCUCCCGGUCCCGCCUCCUCCUUUGCCCCUGGCUCGGCUCCUGUCUUUGCCUCCGCUCCGGCUCCUGUUUCUGCCUCCGCUCCGGUUGGUGUUUCUGCUUCCGCUCCGGUUGCCGUUUCUGCCUCUGCUCCGGCUGUUGUUUCGUUUGGCCCGGCUCUUGUUUCCCCUCAUGGCCCAGCUAUUGUUUUAAACCGCUAA